GUUCUCCGUGUGACCCCUCCUGCCUGAGUUUCGGGAUCCGUGUUCUCUGCCAGCCUCGAGCUCCCUGCAACACAAAGGGCUGGUGUUCUCACGAGUGUGACCCCUCUCUCCACCACGGGAGCCAUGGAUGAGGAGGACCAGCAGAGUCCAGAGGCAGGCAGGGCCAGCCUGCCCCUCUCCAGGAAGACCCCUGUGCUGGAGGAAGACAACCUGCAGGUCCCCUUCUCGGAGCUUCAUGAGGAGUGUGUGGAGUAUGUGGGCAGAGCGGAGGUUGCCAUCAUCGCCAUGUCCAGCUACCGGCUGCACAUCAAGUUCAAAGAGAGUGUCAUCAAUGUUCCCCUGCAGCUGAUCGAGAGCGUGGAGUGCCGGGACAUGUUCCAGCUGCAGGUCAUCUGCAAGGACUGCAAGGUCAUCAGGUGUCAGUUUGCACAGGCGGAGCAGUGCCAGGAGUGGGUCAAGCGUCUGGGGGCCGUGGCUCGCCCGCCGCCGCGGCUGGACCAGCUCUUCGCCUUCUCUUUCCACGCUCACACGGAGGAGCAGCAGCAGCCUCACAGUGACAUCUGCAGAGCAGGUGACCAUGUGACGUCUCGCUUCAAGAACGAGGUGGAGCGCAUGGGAUUUGAAACGCACGGCACAUGGAGGAUAUCUGAAAUCAACCGCGGCUUCAGGCUCUGCUCCAGCUACCCGGAGCUCCUUCUGGUGCCAGCGUGGGUCACCGACAAGGAGCUGGAGAAUGUGGCUGCCUUCCGCUCCUGGAAGAGGUUCCCUGUGGUGGUAUACAGGCACCAGAGCACGGGCGCUGUGAUUGGUCGGUGCGGGCAGCCGGAGGUGAGCUGGUGGGGGUGGCGGAACGCGGAGGAUGAGCAGCUGGUGCAGGCCAUCGCCAAGGCCUGUUCCUCCAAUGGCAACGCGCUCACCCCGCUUAGCAACGGCUCCUGCGGUCACGCACACACCAACAUCACAAAUGGCAAUGCAGAUACCGUUGUUGCCAAUGGUGAUGUGGAGGCGGAGGCGGAGCCAGCAGCCACCCCUCCAGAGAAGCUGCUGAUAUUGGACGCCAGGUCAUACGCUGCGGCAGUAGCCAAUCGGGCGAAAGGAGGUGGCUGCGAGUGUCCAGAGUAUUACCCCAACUGUGAGGUGGUGUUCAUGGGCAUGGCCAACAUCCACUCCAUCAGGAAGAGCUUCCAGUGCCUGCGUUCGCUCUGUGCCCAGGUGCCUGACCCAGCCAACUGGCUGUCUGCUCUGGAGAGCACUAAAUGGCUGCAGCACUUGUCUCUGCUGCUGAAGGCGGCGCUGUUGGUGGUGAACGCGGUGGACCGUGACCGCAGGCCCGUGCUGGUGCACUGCUCCGACGGCUGGGACCGCACGCCCCAGAUCGUGGCGCUGUCCAAACUCCUGCUGGAUCCCUUUUACCGCACCGUAGAGGGCUUCCAGGUGCUGGUGGAGACGGAGUGGCUGGACUUCGGCCACAAGUUCGGCGACCGCUGCGGCCACGGCGAGAAGGCGGACGACGUGAACGAGCGCUGCCCCGUCUUUCUGCAGUGGUUGGACUGCGUGCACCAGCUGCAUAGGCAGUUCCCCUGCUCCUUCCAGUUCAACGAGGCCUUCCUGGUGAAGUUGGCGCAGCACGUGUACUCCUGUCUGUUUGGGACGUUCCUGUGCAACAGUGGGAAGGAGCGGGAGGAGAACUGUGUGCAGCAGAGGACCUGCUCCGUGUGGUCACUGCUGCGCCCCACGCACCGAGCCUUCCGGAACAUUCUCUACUCACCACACUCCGAGACGGUGCUGCAUCCAGUAUGCCACGUGCGCAACCUGAUGCUGUGGAGCGGCGUCUACCUGGCCAGCUCCUCCCCCUCCACACCCUGCGAGGAGUCAUGUGCUCCUUACCCCGCCCACAAAGCGUCCUCUGAGGACACGCCCAACGGCAGGCUUCCGAAGACGCGUUCUGUUGAUGACCUGACAUUAGCCUGUGAGGGAGGACCUCCACCUAGCCGUCGCUCCAGCGACCCCAACCUCCGGGCCCUGGAGGUUGCUAUGGCAACAUCGCCAGAUGAUGCUGAGAGUAUGAACGGUCUGGACCACGAGGCCAGUCCCAGCCCAGAGCAGCAGGACUCUGAGACGGGACUGGAGGAGAGGUUAGAUGGAGAGGAGCCGAGUGACCGGGCAGAGACGAGCGACGAGCCAAUCGACGACGAGACUGAGGAGGCGGGGACAUCCCAGGAGGCGGGCCUGUCCAUGGCGGAGGGCGUGGUCGCAGCUCAGAUGGAGCACAUCCUACAGGAAGCCCGGGAAGAGGGCGGGGCUUUGUCCAGCGCCCCUCUCUCCGAGGACAUCAGUGAAGACAUCACUCCCUCCACCCUCUCCACACCCUCUCCUUCCGAGGUGUCCUCCGCAGUGCCUGCACAGGGUCCUCAGGACCCCAUCACCCAACUCUGCGAGGAGAUGGUCGAGCAGGCUCUAGAGUUCGCCAAUAGUGAGCCAACCAACACCAUGCCCUUGCCCGCCGGUCACAUAAUUAAUGGCCACUGCAACGGCCAAUCAGAGGAGGACGGUGAACCCCCGUCCGCAAACCCUUGUGCUGGGCACCCUGAGGAGCAGAGCCCCCUUGAGACAGAGGAAGAAGCUCCAGCACACCCCCACACUCCCCCUCAAGAGCCCCAAACACAGCCCGCCUUCCCGGUCUGCCCUGCACUGCCGGAGCCACCCCGGACUCUCAAUGGCCUCCACUUGCCUUCCCACGGUGCCUUGCAUCCCCUCUCCCCCUCCCCUGCUGUGUGCAACGGGGAGACCCACCCCACGCCCAAUGGCUCCCGCCGGCCCCUCAGCAGGCAGACGUCAGGAACCUCCCCGUGCGGCCUCCUUCCCCCCUGCAGGGCCUCGGGGGUCGUACCUCGCGGAGCUGGGGCUGCGGCUCCCCCUGCUGGACACAUGGAGGAGGACGGGCUGAGCGUGCACAGCGACGCGGUGCAGGUGCGUCUGCAGCAGAUGGAGGCAGGCCACCAGCAGCAGGUGGAGAACCUCAAGUGGCAGGUGCAGCAACUGUGGAGCCGGCUACGAGUCAACGGAGAGCUGCCCGCUGAGCUGACGUCUCUCCCAGACGGUGAGAAUAAUCUGGAGCCGGUGUGUCUGUCACGCUGCAGCACGGAGUUCUUCUCCGAGGGCAGCUGGGAGCAGGUGGAGCAGAGGGAACCGGAGGUCACCAGGUGGUAUCCAGAUCACUUAGCAACACACUGCUAUGGAUGCGAGACCAAGUUCUGGCUGGCGGCUAGGAAACACCACUGCAGUGCCAGAGAGCCUGUUGAAGAAGCCUGGAACUGUGGGAAUGUGUUCUGCGCUAGCUGCUGUGACCAGAAGGUGGCGGUGCCGAGCCAGAACCUGUUUAUUCCCAACCGCGUGUGCAAGGCCUGCUACGGACACAUGCGUCUGACUUCAGUGCCCCCCGCCGUGCCCCCUGCCGACCUGGAGCUGGAGAAGCCAAUCACAGCCAGCUCUAACUAAAGAAGCCCCCCCCCCUCCCCCCGACAGAAUCAGCCAAUCACAGAUCGAGUUAACUCCGACUAAACCUUCCCCAGAGCUUGGCCAGUUACGGCCAGCUUCAACAGCAGAUUUCAGCCAGUCAAAGACAGUUUUGACAAACCCACCCAACAACUUGGCUUAUACCCCCCUCCGUGGUCAGUCUUCACCCCCUGGACAGAGAAGACUGCCACAGCCCC